CACUGCCUCUAAGGACUUGCCUGGCAGAGCUGGGGUGAGAUCAUGAGUGAGAAAGCUUAGCUCUUUUGGGACAGAAGGCAGAGUGAUUUUGGUGUGACUGAGCGUGGUGCAUAACUAACUGGAAAUAAGACAUGUUCGUUAGAAAAAUCUAAUCCUAAAGGUCAAAUUGCAAAGGGAAUAGGCUUUAACUUAUUCUCAACGUGUUCAAGCCAAAGACUGGCUCAAGAGGGCUAAGAAGCACAAGAAACCAACCAGGAAACAGGCAGAGACCAGCAAUUUCCAAAAGGCAAUACUGGGAGCUGUUAAAGCAACAUGAUACUGUGGGUCUUGUCCUAAAAAUACUGCUGGGUAGGAGUGCAUGUACUAGGUGUAUCUGAUUGCUAGGUAAUGAUACAUUUGUUUUUCCUUUUUUCCCCAAUUGGACUUCAAAAGCUGUGUAAAAAAAUGUGCAAGCUUGGAUACUUUGACGGUAAUCCAAUCCAAUUUAAUUAACGUUCAUUGGCUUUAUGAUGUUGAUAGCAGAAGACACAUGGGUGUUCUUAGCAAUACACAAGCCAAUUCAAAAUACCUUAAAAUGUUAAGAUAUCUUUGAAAGUUAAACAAUUGUUAGAAUAAUCAACAUUUUAUAGAUGGAAACCUACUUGUAACCAGCUCUCAAAUCACUCCAGGUCAACUAUCUAGUAACUAAAGAAAUUAAAGUGCCUAGGAACCAUUGGGACACAUUUUAAAUACACAAUUAAUGCUAUUAUAAGAAAUCAGCAUUGUGACAAUGAAGAAGACCGAGAUACAAAUGACCCUGAAGAAGGGUGCGGAUGAGGGAAUGCGCAGCGUCCCAAGCCCAAUCAUCCCACCAAAACGGGCCAAAGCCAACCCUAACCACGGCCAGCCGGCCCCGGACUCGGUCGCCUAUGCGUUCCCCUCCCAGACCCCUCCGAUUUUUGUACGCAAAAUGAGGAACGCUGCUGUGGGGACAGGCUGUGACAUCCGCCUGAAAGUGGCGGUGGCUGGAGACCCGCAGCCAUCCCUCUACUGGUACCACAACGACGACCUGCUGAAUAUGGAUAACCAGGAAUACGGGGGACUCUGGAUCAGGGACUGCAAGCCCAGUGAUGCCGGCCUCUACACCUGCAUCGCCAACAACUACCUUGGGGAGGCGCGAAGUAGCGCUGUGCUUGCCGUCCUGGACCUGGGAGAAGACUCAGAGACCACAGAAGAUGAAGGUGGAGACCCCGUUGAGACCAAAGAAGGAAGCAGAGGUCUUCAGGAUCAGGCUUUGCAUUCAGAAGACAGAAUGAUGGACAGCUGGGGUGAAGGACUUCAAGAAAUCUCCAAGCCCACCAGGAGUAAAUCAGAAGAUUUCUUGAGGGAAUCUCCCCCACAAGCUCUCCCACCUCCCUCCCCAAAAAUUAUAAAACGCCCCUCUAACUCUCCUAUGCCAAGCCGCUCCGGGUCAGCACCAAACACGCCCCUCACACCUCGCAAAAAAGUUGUUGUGCCAACUGAUUACCAAGACACUGUCCCUAGUGAAUUUGAAGAAAAAGUGAAACAUCCAAAAUCAUCAGCCAUGUCUCAAAGCAGCAACCAGGACUCCCGUCCUCAGACGCCUGUUAGUGUCACUGAGUGCUCACGCAAGGAACACCAAUCUAGGCCAUCCCCAAAACUGACCAGAGCAAGUUCCAAGAUCUUUGAAAAGGUCCGCGGUUUUGAAGAGAAAAGACGAAGCUAUGAUCAUGAAGGCUCCAUCUCGGGACGGUCUUGGGCUGGGUUCAAUCGAGCAGGGUCUGUUGAUUCAGAUGAUGCAGGGAGCCGGUUAGGAAUCUCUAGAGAAAGUUCAAGGGAAGACUUACGAGAGGCUUUGAAGGAGGAAGCUGCUGAGCGGAGGUCCAUGUUCAAACAGAGGGCUGCGUCCUUAGAAGACUGCAGGCCCCGUACCACCCAGAAAGUCCAGGAAAUCGAGAACAAGUUCACUGAAGAACUUCAACGAAUCAAGAAGCUUGUGGGGAAACCUCACAUGAAGAAGUCAUUCUCCACUGAGCAACUCUCACUUAGAGCAAGAGGCAGACAGCCUUUGACGAAGAUUGAGCCCCUCCCACCUCAAAUUCUCCAGAAGCUCCAGGAAAGAGAGCGUGCCAGACAGGAGAAGGAGCAGAAAGAGGCUGAACAGCCCAUAGAGGUAGCACCACCAAAAUCACCAAGAACACCCCUUCAAGAACAAGCACGACAGAGGCAGCCUUCGCCUCUACCUGAAGAGAUUGAGCAUCCCUCUAUGAGUAGCAUAACGAUUAGUAGAUUAGGAGAAGUAGCAGCCACUCCAGAAUCUAUGCAACUGGCUGACUUACCAGGACAGCGACCUACAAGACAGGUAAAUCAAGUCAGUCCAGUCCGGGAGAUUGUUCAGAGGUCUCCAUCACCAGCAAAGAUGCAAAUCCAGAGAGCUUAUGAUCUUUCAACAAAUCGCCAACAGCGGGCCGAGUCACCAAACAGAAAUGUUGUGGAGAUGACGUUACGCAAAGUUGAACGCAGGCCGGAAAGCCCACUUGUCCAGAGGGUAUCUCGUAUGCAAGAAUCUCAAGACAUCCAGGCAUCUCCUGCCCAAAAGGCUCCAAAGGAAGAAUUGUCAGGAAGGAAAACACCUGUAGAAGUAGCUCUAAGAAAAAUAGAGCAUAGACCUGAGAGCCCAUUGAUACAGAAGAAGGCUACCAUGGUACAAGAGCGUCCGACCCAACCUCCGCAAAAUCCUCCACGACUGGUUACUUCUUCUGCCAAUGUUCCAGUCCCCCAAACUGAGGAGAAAAUGGAAGUGGAGUUGACCAAGUCAGCCCCCAGGCAAGCCCCGAAGCUAAGCAUACCUACCAUCAUUGUUGAAGAAGAGCCUAUGGAAGGAGUUCCUAUAGGCCCUGAUAUGUCUAAGAAAGCAAACGGUUCAAAAGGUGGCCAAACACAGAGGACCAGGGGGAAGGGUCGCCGUACUAGGCCAAUGUCUCCAGACUUAGAUUCCUCAGAUGACUCUUACGUGUCUGCUGAAGAGGACCCCUUGGAGGCCCCAUUGUUCGAGUUCCCUCUUAAGGACACUGUGGUUACUGCUGGUACUGAAGUCCUGUUGCGAGUCAUCAUUGUUGGCACCCCUCUCCCAGAAGUUACCUGGCGAAGAGACAAUAUCGAGAUCCUUAACAGCCCAUACUAUGCGGUCAAAGUUGAGGGAGAGCAGUAUUCACUUCUUAUUAAAUGUACAAAACCCAGUGAUGCUGGAAUGUACUGUGUGACAGCUGCCAAUGAGGCUGGGAAAGCAUCUAGCAGUGCCACCCUUUCAAUCAUACCAGAGCCUGUGCAGGAGCCACAAGGGAACCUGGGUGUUCCCAGAGACAUCAGUAGCCCUAUCACAUCGGAUGAAGAGUACCUCAGCCCACUGGAGGAAGGCAUGGACUUUGGAGGGUCCAAUUCCAGGGAGAUAGUCGACACUCGAUUCAAGGAGCCCCCUGCCUUCCAGGUAACUAUGAAUGAUCAAGCAGUUAUUGAGGGGCAAGAGGUCACCAUGUCUGUUCGAAUAAGUGGGCAGCCCAAACCCAUGCUUUAUUGGCUGAGGGACAGGGUCACAAUAAAAACAGACUUGCGGCACACUGUGCGUGAGGCUGAGGACGGCACUUUUGAAAUGACCAUCAAGUCUGCUCAGAAGUCGGAUACGGGAGUGUACACCUGCAAGAUCAUCAACGAGUAUGGAACGAAGCAGUGCGAAAGCAAACUGGAGGUGAAAGUGCCCUCGUUUGAGCCGGGCCUGGCCAUCAUCCGUCCAGUGAAGGACAUCACAGCGAACGCAGGUGAGACGGUCUUGUUUGAGUGCUACAUAAUUGGGCCAGUGGACACGGACGUCGAUUGGUUAGCAGAUGGAAAACUGAUCCAGCCGGCUCUGCUCAACUGCAAGAUGCAUUUUGAUGGAAAGAGAUGCAGGCUGCUUCUCAACUCAGUGCAUGAGGACGACAGUGGCACGUAUACUUGCAAAUUGACCUCGGCAAAAGAGGAGCUGACCUCGAGUGGCCAACUCAAAGUAAUCCCUUCUAUUGAGCCCCUGUUUACACGUAAGCUGGACGUCUUAGAGGUGAUUGAGGGACGCAAUGCCCGUUUUGACUGCAAGGUCAGCGGAACACCACGUCCCAGAGUCAGCUGGGGACAUUUUGACCAUACAUUGGCAGAGAGUGAUGAUGUGCACAUCUUACAAGAAGGCGGCCGUCACUCCCUCAUCAUUUCUCAUGUCACCAAUGAGGAUGAGGGCUUCUAUACAGUCAUUGCACGCAAUCCGCAUGGUGAUGCCGAGUGCUCCGCCGAGCUCUACGUCCAGGAGCCCAGACCUGCUAUUUCAUCUCAAAUGGCAAAGCUAGAGAAGAUGCCGUCCAUCCCAGAGGAGCCAGAGAUGCCGGACAAUGAAGUAGAACGCUUCACUAUGCCCGACUUUGUCAAACCUCUGUACGACCUGGACGUUAUCGAAGGCAAGGAAGCCGUGCUUAAGUGCAAGGUGGCCGGCCUUCCAUACCCCACCAUCAUGUGGUUUCACAAUGGCAAGAAGAUCGAAAGCACGGAGGACAGGAAAAUGACACAGUUCAGAGAUAUCCACAGCCUGGUCAUUCGUUCUGUUUGCCACACCCACGGAGGGGUAUACAAGAGUGUCAUCUCCAACAAGGUUGGCAAGGCAACCUGCUACGCCCAUCUUUACGUGACUGAUGUUCUUCCAGACCCUCCAGAUGGGCCCCCAGUGAUAGAGGCUGUUACUGGGAAGACUAUCACCCUGAGUUGGAAGAAACCGCGUUGGCUGGAUCCCUCUAUUGAUCCCAAAACGUUAAUGUAUGCCAUCCAACAACAAGCUCUGGGCUCGAUCCAGUGGACCAUCAUAGCGUCUAGUCUGAAAGAACCGUGCUACACAGUGACCACCUGCUCCAAAGCAGUCCGAUACAUCUUCAGGGUUCUGGCAAUCACUGGCAAAGCCUUUAGCAAACCCUCUCCUGCCACAGAUCCAGUGCAACUUAUUGACAGAGGUCCCUAUGUUCAGCAGGCUCCAGUGAUUAUUGAUAAGCCAGACAUUGUCUAUGUGCAGGAGAAUCAGUCAGUGACCAUCACCAUCACUUUGAACCAUGUCAACGCUUCAGUCAUCUGGAAGAGGAGGGGAGUGACCCUCCCAAACAAACCUGGGCUGUAUGAGCUGAGUAUGCCCGAUGACGAUCAGCACUCUCUAACUAUCCUCAAUGUGAAGAGUGAUGACUUGGGGCAGCUGAUGUGUUUGGCGUCCAACAGGUUUGGCAGCGACUCCUGCCUUUUAAGUGUGGAAAUGGCUGCACCACCAAAUUUUGAAUCUAUUAUGGAAGAUGUGGACGUGCAAACAGGAGAGACGCCUCGCUUCGCUGUAGUUGUGGAGGGCAAGCCCAUUCCUGACAUCCUGUGGUUUAAGGAUGAUACAUUGUUGUGCGAGAGUAGCCACAUCACAUUUGUGUACGAUGACAACGAAUGCUCCCUUGUGGUGGUCAACACCUGUCCGGAAGAUUCUGGGGUGUAUACCUGUACAGCCAAGAACCUGGCUGGCUCGGUGUCAUGUAAGGCUGAGCUCACCGUGCACACAGUUCGAGAAGACACUGAGGACCAGAUGCAGGACGAGGAGACUAUUCUCAGGAAAAUGCGCCGAUUGACUGAUUACUAUGACAUCCACAAGGAAAUCGGGAGAGGUGCCUUCUCCUAUGUGAAGAGAGUGAUGCAGAAAGUGGGUAACAUGGAGUACGCUGCCAAGUUUAUUUCUGCCCGAGCCAAGAGGAAAGCAUCUGCCCUGAGAGAGAUGAACCUGCUGUCUGGGCUGGACAAUGAGAGAGUCCUGUAUUUCCAUGAUGCCUUUGAAAAGAAGAACGCAGUCAUUAUUGUCACAGAGAUAUGCAAUGAGGAGCUGCUAGAUAGGUUUAUAAAGAAGUCCACAGUGAUGGAAUCCGACAUCCGGUCCUGUGUGCGACAGGUUCUGGAGGGUGUGGACUACCUCCACCAUCAAAAUAUUGUCCAUUUGGAUAUUAAGCCUGAUAAUAUCCUCCUUGCAGACCCUCACGGUGAUCAGAUCCGCAUCUGUGAUUUUGGCAAUGCCAUGGAGCUCACACCUGAUGAAGCUCAGUACUGCAAAUAUGGCACUCCAGAAUUUGUUGCCCCAGAAAUUGUAAACCAAACUCCUGUGUCCAAGGCAACUGACAUCUGGCCAAUUGGAGUUAUUACAUAUCUAUGCCUGACUGGAGUGUCUCCGUUUGCUGGAGAGAAUGACCGCGGCUCAGUGCUUAACAUUAGGAACUACAAUGUGGCUUUUGAGGAGAGUAUGUUCGCUGAUCUUUGUCGUGAAGCCAAGGGUUUUAUCAUCAAACUGCUGGUGGCAGACAGACUGAGGCCAGACACGCAAGAGUGUCUCCGUCAUCCGUGGUUCAAGAUGCUUACCAAGGGGAAGGCCAUCAGCACAGAGGCCCUUAAGAAGUUUGUUUCUCGCCGAAAGUGGCAGCGAUCUCUUAUCAGCUACAAAUCAAAAAUGGUCAUGAGGUCCAUCCCAGAGUUGCUGAAUGACUCAUCCAGUCACAUCUCCAUUGCUGUGCCCAGACAGCUUAAAGAGGGCUCACCCCCACCAUCAUCGUCCUCUGACUCAGAUGAAGAUAUCGAUGAGCUGCCCUUUAUUCCAAUGCCACUCACCAUGGAGUUCUCUGGGUCAAGAAUGUCUCUAAAUGAGAUCCAGGAGGAUCAGGAGACCUCAGGUAAACCAAAUGGCCCCAUGGACAAGACAGAAUCAGCAGUCGCACAAGGCGAAGAGGUUAUGGAUAUUGAAUACACAGGGAAAGAGAAUGAGACUGGGGAUUCUGCAGGUAGGGGCCGCACCAGGAAUCGGUUGACCCAGGAAAAAGCCAAGUUGUCUUCGGAUGAGGAGCCUCCCGCAGAAUUGGUGCAAGUAUCAGAGAAGGCAAAAAGGCCCUUGCGCAGAGGAUCAAGCUUGGAGAUGGACAAGCCAGAGGGAGGACCUAGAAGGGGGCCCCUGCGUAGAGGUGGUUCUGCUGACAGUGCUCUGCUACUUCACAUCGUACCAGAAGAGGGCACAGAAGAGGAAACUUCAGAGAAGGGCCGGCGCGUUCUCAAAAAGACAGUAUCCAUGGAGCUGCCGAGGCGAAGCGUGAGCCCAGGGCCUCUGAGUCAGGAGGACUAUGCUCUCAAACUGGAGCUGAUGAGGCAGAGGCUGCUCCGAGGUGGCUCUGUGGACAAGAAGAUGAGUGGCUUGCGAGGACCCCUGCUGGAGACGCUGGGUAUGGACGAUGGGAAGCAGAGGUCGUCGUCGCUGGAGCGCUAUGCACGCGGCACCCGCUUAGGGGUACCGCCGUUAACUAGAGCGGCCUCCAGCGAUGAGCCUAGGGAGGACCUUCCCAAACCCAAAUUGCUUCGCAAGAGCGCUUCCUUCAGUCAAGGAGAUGAUGUGGAACCCAUACCCCUCCACAGACGUUCUGGGGCACCCCUGGAGAUCCCACUGGCUCAGGUAGAGGAGAGAAGGCUUAAGGAGGCCAUAUCAAUGUCUGCCCUCACUGAGCCAUUCAAGAAUGACUCCCGACCUGUGACUCCCAGGGAACCCUCCCCUAAACAUUCCACACCAAGCCCAGAUCCUGGAAUUCAGGAGACAACAACCAAUAUGGAGGAUGAGGACUCGUCAACCGACAAGGAGAUUAAGACUGAGGAAAAAAUUGAUGGUGUGACCACAGACAGUAAUGCAGACGAAAGAUCGAGCACAAGUGGAUUUUCAGAGAAGGACAUGAGCACGUCAGAAGAAGCAAUGAUUGAACCAGAGUAUGUGCCAUCAAGGGAGCGUAUACCUCCUUGGAGGGGGUCUAGCCCACCUGUGAGGGGUCUUACAUUAGAGGAGCCAAUGGAGGAAGAAAGAGAACAUAUCAAUGAAAGGGAAGCUAUUCCUGUUGCUGAACCAAAAGCUGGAGAAGUUGAAGAAGUUCAGAAAGAGAGCCAAAAAGACGUAGAAGAAAGAGAAGAGGAAGUGAAGGCACCAAUGAAGUCAUCUGAGAUGGUCAUUACUACAAGUUCCAUUAGGGUCACGCCAGCACCUGCAUUUUCAAAGCCUCAAGCAAAUGUGAUGGGCUUUUCACCUGCACACCUGACUACCUCUCCACCUGCCCUGACAGUGCUCCCAGACGGUAGGACUUCUGCUUAUGCUAGCAUAAUGCAGACCAUCAUGGUUCCCUCGCUUCAACCCCUAGUUAGCCCCCCAUUAGCAGACUCAACACCUGUAGUUGUUCCAGGCCCUACACAAGCUGCAGCAUCAACAGUUACACCUGGCACAUCAACGCCACUCAUUCUGCCAUCAACGCCGGGAGAGCACCCAGCCGUCUACUCAAGGGUUGCAUCCCCUGAGCCCCUAGAACCAGGUCCACCCACUGUUUCCACGCAACCAACAUCCCAGCAUGAGCUAUCGCCUGGGGGACAAAACAUCCCGGAUAUCACGUCAGAGGAAGUGUUUGAAUCUCGCUUUAAAAAGCGCGAGUCUUCACUCACGCGAGGUCUGAAACUUCUCAACUGGUCAAAGCCUGAGGAGAAACCAGUAGCCUCUUCAAACACUGCAGAGUCAGGCGAAGACGUAUACCGCCACGUGCCUGUUGGAGAACCACUGGAGUUUGUCCCCAGGAGAAUGGAGGAGAAGUCCAAAUCAGUGCUGGAUCUCCGUGAGGCACAGAAAGACCAAGGCUUUAUGAGAAGGCUCUCCAUGCGCCUCAAGAGGACUCCAUCAACUGAACGCAAGGAAGACAAUGACGAAGAACUGGUUACCCCCAGGCGUCGUCUCUCCUGGGCUCUUCCUGGUCGAAGGGGAUCUCAGUCCCAGGAGAAGAAGGAGGUGGAGAUGAUGAGGAUGGAUGGGGGAACGGAAGCACAGGUGGAACAAGGGAACAGUGAGCCCAAAAAGCCCAACGAGUCGCCAGUAAUGGCAAUGCGCAGGAAGAUCGAGUCGACGGUAUCAGGAAUAUCCAUGAGGAUCCGUAGUGCCUCGGAGGAAAGGAGGGCAGCGGCGGAAGAGAGGGAAGCCAACAAGCCCGAGAGCAAGAAGACGCCCCUGUUCUCAAUUUUGCGCAGGUCAGCUUCAGAAGGACGAAGCCUAAAGAGUAUGAGUGGACCCAGUGUCCCUACGAACCAGCUGGCUACUCAGUCGGGCACCGGAGCCUCUUCAGAGUCCCUGGAUUCCGUGUCCAGUGUCAAGUUGGAGACAGCAUCCAAGGGGGCAGAGAGCGAACGUAGGUCCCGAUGGGACCGUUGGGGCAUAACCAGAGGCAGCAAGAAGGAUAAGACGGUAUCACAGCCUGACAUCCCUGCUGCCAUUGCCAGAGAGAAUGGCUCCCUGCGCUCUCGCUCAUACUCCAGACUGGCAUCUGACUUCCCUCCUGUGUUCCACAUUAAGUUGAGGGACCACGUUCUACUAGAGGGAGAUCCCAUCACUCUUAGCUGCCUCCCAGCCGGCAGCCCCCACCCACACAUCUCCUGGAUGAAAGAUAAGAAGCCUCUACAGAUAGAUGCCAGAAUGAAUAUGAUCUCCUGUCCGGAUGGCAGACAGCUGCUGAUGAUCAUGACCACCACAAAGAAGGAUGCAGGGCUGUAUGAGUGUGUGGCCACCAACCCUCUGGCUUCGGUGUCCAGCUCCUGUACCCUUUCCCUCGCUCAGCUUCCCAAUCGCCCUGGGACUCCUGAAGUUCCCCAGCGCUACAAGAACACUGCCCUUGUCCUCUGGAGGCCCUCAGACACUAUGGCUCCCUGCACUUACUCUCUUGAGAGAAAAGCAGAGGGUGAGACGAACUGGCUCAUUGUGGCCACAGGAGUUGCUGAUUGUUACUACAAUGUGGUAGACUUGCCAGUAGAGGGAGCCUUCAGGUUUAGAGUGGCGUGUGUGAACAAGGCUGGCCAAGGACCCUACAGUAAUCUGUCAGAGAUGAUCUCCCUGGAAUCCUCAGCGCCAGCAAACUCUAGCAAAUCAGUUGUUGUCAAGACGGUCCCUGUAGCACCAGCGGUCAAAACAUCAUCGAUGAUCAUCCCCUCCAUGAAGCCUGCACCUAGUAAAGUGCCACCACAGGGCUCAUCUUCUGCCCCACUCACGCAGACCCCAACCCCCCAAGUGUCUGCUCCCUCUCCUCCUGUUCCAGUGGCCAAGUUGAUCGCUUCAUCAAGCCCUGCUUCUAAACCUGUUGAAUCCAAGCCUUCAGUCCCUCAGAUCCUAACCAGCACCAGCUCCGCGCCCAUUGUCGUUAGUGCAGCCUCGUCCACUCAAUCCACUUCCGAGACGCAAAGCCCACCUCUACCUCAGUCCGCUCCAACCCCGACUAAAGCCAAGACCACCAUCAACAUCAGUGUCAAGAAACCGACACCAUCUCCACCGGCAACUGUAACCAAGCCUGCUCCCCCAGCCGUUCACCCCAAACCCCAGAGUCCCAUCAAUAUUGUCUCACCCAUGAUUAAGGUCCCGCCCCCGGUGGUGGUCCCCCCCCCCCCCUAUCGGCAAACCGAUUUCGUCGGUACCCAUGUAUACGCCUGUAUCGGAUGCCGUCACCCUACCUCUCUGUCCCCUGUCAUCUCACCCCCGGUGGUGCUGGUGUCCAGCACAAGUCCGGUAGGAGAGGGGGGGGUUACGCCCGCACGUCUGACUCCAUCUGGGCAGACAACCUCCUACGGACGUUCCACCCCAUCAGGACGCAGGACACCCUUGGGCGGACGUCCUGGUGAGGGAUCCCUGCGCCAGGGAGUGCCCCAGAAACCAUACACCUUCAUGGAGGAGAAGGCCAGGGGUCGCUUCGGCGUGAUCCGAGAGUGUAGAGAGAAUGCCACCGGCAACCUGUUUAUGGCUAAGAUCGUACCCUAUGAGGCCGACAAUAAACAGACGGUGCUGCAGGAGUACGACAUCCUUAAGUCUCUCCACCAUGACAAGAUCAUGGCACUGCACGAGGCCUACGUCACACCCCGCUACCUGGUGCUGAUCUCUGAGUGCUGCAGUGGGAAGGAGCUCCUCUACAGCCUCAUCGACAGAUUCCGUUACUCAGAAGAUGACGUGGUGGGCUACAUCAUUCAGGUCCUGCAGGGUCUGGACUACCUCCAUAACCGCCGCAUCUUGCACUUGGAUAUCAAGCCGGAAAACAUAAUUGUCACCUACAUGAAUGUAGUGAAGAUUAUCGACUUUGGCAGCGCCCAGACCUUUAACCCACUCUUCCUCAAGCAGUUCAGCCCACCAGUUGGAACUCUAGAGUACAUGUGUCCCGAGAUGUUAAAAGGGGAUGUGGUGGGCCCUCCGGCUGACAUCUGGAGUGUGGGCGUGUUGACCUUCAUAAUGCUGAGCGGCAGGUUGCCCUUCAUGGAGAAUGAUCCACAUCAGACUGAGGCCAGAAUCCUGGCAGCCAAGUUUGACUUGGGAAAACUAUACCAGAAUGUGUCUCAAAGUGCCUCCCUGUUUCUGAAGAAGAUCUUAAGUAGCUUCCCAUGGGCCCGUCCUUCAAUCAAGGACUGCUAUAACAACUCUUGGCUCCAGGAUGCCUACCUGAUGCGGCUGCGGCGGCAGACCCUCACCUUCACCACCACGCGCCUCAAGGAGUAUCUGGACGAGCAGCAGAGCCUUCGGGCCAGAGUGGCCACUAGGCACAAGGUCCUCCUCCGGUCGUACCAAAGCUCGCCCCAGACCCCCACCAGCCCUGUACCCCCCACACACAUGACGCCGGUCACACAGUGAGCACGGCUUCAUGUUUCAAAUGCAUGAAGGUUGGAACUGUUGCUGAGAGGUUCCACCGGUCUAUAUCAGGCCAGUCGUAGGACAGAGCCCUGAGGAACCUUUAUGGUGACAUGAGGCGGGAACUUUAUAGCCAAACAAAAUCACAAAAUCCAGCACCGGUUCUAAAUAUUGAGAACCUAACCUCUCUGCCUCCAACAUAGAGACUCCAUACUUAACCUACAGGAAGCCACAGAGAGAAUGUUCUCGCAUUGAGACAAUUGCAGUGGUUCUUUGUUUAUUUCAUGGAGUGAAACACAUUGUUCAAAAGGCCGGCUCAUUUCCAAACGUCUGCUCUCUUUUUGAUACAAAUAAGACCGUAAUUCAUUGCAGAGCUUUUGUGUAUACCAAGUCUGUGUAUGGUUUACAAAGGCUGCCAAAACCUCAAGUACAAUCAUGGUGACUGAUAGUGACUUACGUCACAGAUUAGCAUGUGGAAGGGUCUUGCUGUCUGUUACAAGUGCCCUUAUUUAAAUUCAGAAUGAACAUUUUGAUACAUUUGAUUGUAAAAUGUAAAUGAAGAGGGAGCAAUGGGUGACAUAGCCUACCGAUAAACAGGACCUCUUUGACUGUAAGAAUGUAUGCAAAUAAGUGUUGGUUUUGCGGACAUUGCAAAAUGGUUUCUUAUUCAAGAGAAAAUGUGUGUAGAUGCAUGUUACAUCGCAUCCACGCAGAUGAAGAAAAUGUGAACUUUUUAAACUAUGUUUCACUGAAAUUUGAGAAUUGUGUUAUUUGAUAAUAUUUUGCUAUCGUCAUCAUCAAUAGUCAAACAAAAUAUAUAUAGAACAAACACUGUAUGUAACAGUGUAGAUAUGUUAUGUAUUUAUUGUGGUAAUGUCAUGAAGUGAUGCAGUUAAUGAGUUUCCUGAAGUUGAUUUUACAUUACAUAGUAUUUAAGCUUUUAGGCAUCGGUGGUUUUGUUAUAAAGUAUUUAAGCAGGAUUCUUCUAGUUGAAUUCCACAAUCAAGUAUGUGAUUGGUUUAAUGACUGCUUGUGUCUCAUGUCAUAGUUUUGUAAACCAAUGAUGACAUGCUAAAAUUCUUGGAGGAAGGGCUACUUGGGUUAGGUGUACAGUACGUAACAGACUGAAUACGUCUCAAUGGAUUGUGUUGACAGCCUGAUUAUAUCUACAGAGAAAGUGAAUAUGUUGUUUGAUGACCGUGAAGGAACGAGCAAGAGACCACAAGUAUGUUUAGUAAAGCUUUUUUUUUUUUAUGGAACAGUUUGCAAGGUUAAAAAUGAUUUUAGUCGUGAGUUUCGUAUCAAAGUUACAUGCAGUAUCUUGAAUGUCUUGCAGUCUCUUGUGAUCAGUAUAAGGUUUAACAAGAGUUUCUUUGGGGUGGGGGUUACAUAGCUUUUUGUGUUUUAUUUGUUUAUUUAUUGAUUGAGUAAUCCAUCUUGAUGCAGCUUCUAAUAAUGUUUUGUUUUGUGGAACCUCUGGCAUGGAAUAGGCAUGACAGUUAAGAAUAAUAAUAAAAAAACACAACUUAAACCCAGUAUAGUAACUUUGUGUUAUUUCAGUUGAGCUUAAUGUUUUACAAGUACUUCAGUCUAACUGAAUCAAUCUAUUCUGAAACAAAAUACUGCUGUAUUAAAACAUCUGUCAUGGAUUACGUAAUUGAGGUUUUCAAAAUGGAAAAGUUGUAAAAAUAAAAUAUUUGUAAAG